GAUGUGAUGUUUUGAAAGCUGAUUUUUUAAUUUAAGUUUAAAAUGGAAUGUUUAGUUUGUGUCAUGUUCUUCGUAUUCUGGGUACAUCAAACGUCUUCGUUCUCAAGAUUUCUAAAGCAGCCAUCUGAUGAAAAGCAGGCAGAGGGUGAGCGGGCGUAUUUUAAUUGUAUUAUUAGAAGGCUUGAUGAUACCGAAUAUGUCUCAUGGUUACAUAAUGGUCGCAAGAUAAGUAACGAUGAUCGAAUCAUUGACCAACGUAACACAGAUCGUUUUUCAAUAGACUAUGAUCCUGAUUUUAAAAAGUAUAGUUUGCAAAUUCAGAACAUUCAGCGGAGAGAUAAAGGAGAGUAUACGUGUACUAUAUAUAAUAGCGGGGAAAUAAUUGUCGAAGAGUCAAAUUCAGCAAAUUUUACAGUUCUUCAAAUACCUAGAGAACAUUACCCAAUUUGCUCUCCUAUCGCAGCUAGUUAUUCUCUGCGUCAAAUUAUUGUUAUUUCAUGUAUAUCAGAAAAAAUUGAACCUCCUGUCCGUUUAUCAUGGAAGCGCAAUAAUAUUGACAUUACGUCAGGAAUUGAUCGACAAAUGAGUGAUGAUAAUAACAUAGUAAAUCAUUCAUUUCUUGCAAAGAAAUCUGACAAUAGAGCAAUGUUUAUAUGUGAACUUACAACUUCAGCUAACCCAUCUAUCAGGCGGAAUUGUUCCAGUGGACCGAUUAACAUCAUGUAUGCUCCCUUUGUACGUAUUAAACAAACAGGCAACAUUGUUCUUGGUAAGGAAGCCAUCUUUAUAUGUUACAGUAAUGCAAAUCCACAGGAAGUAAGAUUCGAAUGGACUUUCAAUCCUUCAAUUGAUAUAAAUAUGUAUAUGUUAGAAAAUAAUCGUAUUUUGAGAAUUAUAGACAUGAAACGAAUUUUAAAUGGCACUAAGGUUAUGUGCCAAGUUACAAAUUCUAUCGGGAGUGGUUCAAGCGUAAUAUAUAUUAACAUUCAAAGCCAAGUUUCUUCAGAAGAAUCUAAAGCCGAUUAUGUUGAUACCAUGAAAUCGGAAAACAAAGAUCGAUCGAAAGACUUAAAAACCAACACCAAUCAUCUGGUAUUAAUAACAAAAUCACCUGACCAGCAGAAAGAUACGACUCGCAUCUCAAUAUCACUAAUUGUUGCUAUUGCAGUGGCAAGUAUUGUAGUGAUCCUAGGCCUAGCUAUGAUUCCAGUUGGCUAUAUGAGAUACACACGAAGACAACCUAGUGAUACCGUCAGUAGAGGAAGACCUGUUUCUAUACCUGAUGUAUACUUCGAGCCUAAGGACCACAUGGAUCCUAUGCUACUACAGUUAGGCUUAUCAGCUCCAUGGAUGAGGACAGUAGGAGUUCAAGUUCCUGGUGAAUGUGAAUAUGAUAUGACGUAUACACCGGUAUCACCACAAUCACGUCAGGCCUACUAUUCACAAAGAAUGUACACGGCAGCAUCCAUGUAAGCGAUGUGCCGAUAUUUGAAUAUAUUUGCAAACCUGUAA